UUUGGUAUUCGGUCGGAGAGCGUUCGGACUGAGCUUUUCAUAAGUUACGGCACAGCGGCAGGUUUAUGAUUGUAGAAUCAGUAUAGCAGGAAUAAAAGGAGCGGAUAAUAUGGCGGAAAAAGGACCGGAAAGUACCGGAGAUGUGACUCUGGAUAACGCUGUUAAACAGUGGUUAGAGUUUGACAAGAACAGCAAGACUGCGGAGUGCGUGCGAGAGAUGGUGAAGGCAGGAAACAUAGCUGAGCUACGCAAGUGUUUCAGCGCCCGGAUGGAGUUCGGGACGGCGGGGCUGAGAGCCGCCAUGGGGCCCGGCGUGUCCCGCAUGAACGACCUCACCAUCAUACAGACUACCCAGGGGUUCUGUCGCUACCUGGAACAGUGUUUUGAGGAUCUGAAGACGCGCGGUGUGGUGAUCGGGUUCGACGCUCGUGAGCACAUCCCCAGCGGUGCCAGCAGCAGGGGCUUUGCCUCCCUGGCUGCGGCCGUGUUCAUCAGCCGAGGAGUUCCUGUGCACCUUUUCUCUGUCUUCACUCCCACGCCGUAUGUGCCUUUCACUGUAUCUUAUCUGAAACUCUGUGCUGGUAUCAUGGUGACGGCAUCUCACAACCCCAAACAGGACAACGGUUACAAGGUGUACUGGGAGAACGGCGCUCAGAUCAUCUCCCCACAUGAUAAAGGUAUCUCUUCAGCUAUAGAGGAGAACCUGGAGCCAUGGGCUGAGUCGUGGGAUACAGAAGCUGCUUUACAGAGCACGCUGCUCAAAGACCCGUAUCAGGAUAUACACCGAGAAUACAUGCAGUCUAUUCAACAACACUGUUGCUAUAGAGAGCUGAACAAGAGUUCAGAGGCGAAGAUCGUACACACCUCAGUGCAUGGUGUGGGUCACAUCUUCGUCCAGGAGGCUUUUAAAGCUUUUGACCUUCGACCUCCAUACGCUGUGGAGGAGCAGAAAGAUCCUGACCCCGACUUCCCAACAGUGGUGUACCCCAACCCUGAGGAAGGAGCAGGAGUGCUGAACCUGUCUUUUGCUCUAGCGGACCGAGAGGGAGCAACCGUGGUUCUGGCCAAUGACCCAGACGCAGACCGACUGGCAAUAGCUGAGAAAAAGCUGAGCGGUGAGUGGAAGGUCUUCUCGGGGAACGAGCUCGGCGCACUGCUCGGCUGGUGGAUGUUUCAGUGCUGGAAGGAGAAACAAGGGGAUCAGUACAAGUCCUUGGCAAAGGAUGUGUACAUGCUGGCCAGCACCGUCUCCUCAAAGAUCCUGCGGGCCAUCGCACUUAAAGAGGGCUUUCACUUCGAGGAGACUCUGACCGGCUUCAAGUGGAUGGGGAAUAGAGCGUGUCAGCUGCUGGAGCAGGGAAAAACCGUCCUGUUUGCCUUUGAAGAGGCCAUCGGAUACAUGUGCAGUCCUGCCGUGUUGGAUAAGGAUGGAGUGAGUGCAGCAGCCAUCGCCGGAGAGAUGAUCUCAUACCUGACCUCCAAAAACACCUCCCUGUCACAGCAGCUUGAAGCCAUUUACAACGAGUAUGGCUACCACAUCACCUCGAACUCCUACUUCAUCUGCCACAACCAGGACACCAUCAGACAGCUGUUCGAACGUCUGAGGAACUACGACGGCGAGAACACUUAUCCUAAAGACUGCCAGGGUUUCGCCAUCACCGCCGUCCGUGACCUCACAACGGGUCACGACAGCAGCCAGCCGGAUAACAAAGCCAUCCUUCCUACCAGUAAGAGCAGUCAGAUGAUCACCUUCACCUUUGCUAACGGAGGCGUGGCCACUAUGCGCACCAGUGGCACCGAGCCCAAGAUCAAGUACUACACUGAGCUGUGUGCUGCUCCGGGGAACAGUGAUGUGACUCAGCUGAACAGCGAGCUGAACAGCCUGGUGGAUGCCAUCAUCCAGAAUUUCUUUCAGCCAGAGAAGAACAAUCUGAUCGCUCGACAAGCGUCGAGUUAAUAUGCUAGUGUAAAGUUUUCUGAAGUUCUCUCGCUCUAUAUCUCUCUCGCACGCACACACACACACGUUCGCAUCACAGACCGCAGCUCUAAUGACGUCACUGGGUUCAGAGGACCUGAAUCUGUGAUCCUAAUGAAUGCAAUCUCAGACCAGCACUUUCUAUCCUGAGAGGUCUUGAACACUACUGACCAUCUGACAUGCCCACUUAACAUCAACAUCACCCUUUAUGACCCCCAGACACCAGUUCUCUUCAGAGCUACAUUUUAGUUUAGUUUAGCACCAGAAAUGUAAACUGAAGGGAAAAAAGAUUUAAUCAAAGCAACAUUAGCAUCGCAACACCAGGAAAGAAAAAAAAAAACCUUUGUUCGAGGAAACACGAUCUUACAGAACCUGGGACCAGUAAGACAUUUUCAUCCAAGCAUAGCUUCAAUCUUUGUCUUUAAUCUUUAUUUCAUUCCAUAAUGCAGCACUUUUGACUUGAAGCUUAAUCAGGUUUUUAAGGUCUUUUUUAACAAAGAAUUCGCUCUGGUCACAUGAGGAGACAUUUAUUUUAUGUAUGUAUAUUUACGGAAUGACUGUGAAGGAGGACGUUUUACGCUGAGCUUCCACAAACAUAAAUGUAACUCUAAACAGAUGAAACUUGCUUAAUAUUUAAAAAAAAUCAAAACAAAGGUAAUUGUUGGUAAUUUGCUUUAAUGUAGGAGGAAUGAAAUUCUUCAGGAUGCUGAUUUCUUUACUGUAACACUGAAAGCAUCUAACAUUCCUGUUCACACAUCUGUCUGAAUCUGAAUCCGGCGCUGUAUUAGAAACCCUCACAUCCAAGUUCCAGACUUUGACUGAUUUUAUUAUCUUAUUUCUGCUGGAAUUUGAUACUUUUGAUUGCUGAUUUAUUCCUGUUUUUUUUUCUUCUCUGAUGAUGAUUUUUAACAUUCCUUUUUAUUUAAUGAACAGUUGUCGGUUUCCUCUUUGUCCACCUUCUUAAACCUUUAGUGUUGGUGUUUUCUUGCUGGCGUGUCCAUUGGUGUGAAUUGUGGUGAUAUUAACCUCAUACACUGAUAUUAUAACUAGUGCUGAAGUGUGAUAUUUGAGUAAUUGAACUUUGCUACUGUACUUAAGUACUGAUUAUGCCGAUUUCUACUUUAACUGAUUUUGCUGAUUUUUACUUUGAACUUUACUUUAUUUAAGUAUUAAUGAAUUAAAAAUGUAUUAAACAUUAUCUUACCAGUGGACCUUAAACAUGUAUAACAUAUCUAUAUAUCUGAAAGUUGUCUCAAGUUAGCAUAAUAUUUAAUAAAGUCAAAUAAUAACCUUUAAAUAAAAAAAAAGUCCCACUUUUUAAUAACCUUUACAAUUGAUGUAAGCAGAUUAGCGAUGAUGUAGAAAUAUGACACAGUUAUAAACAGCACAAACAUGUUCAUUUGACUCACCCUCCUUCAUGCAUGGAUAAGAUUUCCUCUCGCUUAUUUCUGGUCAGUUUUAUAUACUUAAUAACUGAAUACAAAAUAACGUCCCACUCGAGUAAUUUUACUUAUUAAUACAGAGGUGCAGGUUUUCGCCUCAGAUUCUAAGUAUUGAGUAUAACUUUGUCUGAAAGAGACUGAAUUUGUGCAACUCUCUCCAGAUCUGAGAAAUGUGAGAUUUAAUCUUCUUUUCUUAUUUAUUCCAUAUUACAAAGUGACUGUGUCUGAAAUGCAGUGUAUAAGUAGAAAAAUAAACUAUUAAUUAAUCAUGGUUAAUUAACGCAUCAUGUGGUUUUGAUUCAGUUUUGUGGAGUCUGAAGUCUAAUCCAGUGGUGUGCAUUUUGAAUAAAAUUGAAAGAUUCCACAUAGCCAUUAUCCAAAGCACCUGCAACUGCAGCUGAAGCAGACAUUCCUGGGAUUUAAACUCAGAACCACAGAGAAACACAAAAUUGAAGGACUGCUGAACGUCAUUGCAGUGCUCUCUGAAUAAAUCCUGAAGUGUUUACUGUUUGUAUUAUUUAAUAACAUUUAUUACUUUAUCUAAAUAUUCCUCUGCCGUGUGGACUCGAACCCACUGUCGGCUCACACACGUGGCUCACACUGUACACACUUCACACUUUUGAGCUGAACAUUCUUCAGUUAACUUUAUACUUAUUAACGAAUAAAAGGAAAAUAAUUGAUCACA